UCUACUUUUGCCGACGCACUUACUUUUAUGCUCAUAUUGGUGCAGCUUAGUGGCAUUGAUGCAAGGGUUUUGGAAGAACAAAAACUAGAAACCCCAUCUACAUAUGCAGAGGGCUUUGAUUUUGAGAAUAUCCCCCUUUACCUUAAUAAUAAUGGCAAACAAAAAUUCCAAUCUACAGAGGACGACUCAAAUUCUGAUAUAACCAGCCAUCACCACUCUAGCUUGCUUACUGAUCAUAGUCUAGGACCCGGCAAUUUUUUCUUCCACAUGAAGGAUCUCAAGGUUGGAAACAAAUUUGACCUCUACAAUAUGGGUGAUCUAGUCCAGGAAGCUACAUCCCCUCUACCACGCCAUGAAGCCGACUCCCCUCCCUUUGCAUUUGCUUCACUCACUGAAAUCUUGCAUCACUUCUCAAUCCCUCCGGACUCACCUAAAGCUAAGAAAGUAGCACAGAACUUUCAAAUAUGUGAGUCCCCCCAAGUAGGAAACGAACAUAAGUUUUGUGCCACAAGCCUCGAGUCUAUGUAUGACUUUGUCUCAUCAAUCUUGGGGCCUAAGGCUAAACCCCAAGUGUUGGCAACUACCGCGCACAACGGAGAGAAUCGUCCUCCCCUUGUGCAAUCUUAUAUUGUGAAAGCGAUUCCGGUUCGAGUAACAACACCAUCUUUGCCGGUUUGUCAUCCAAUGACUUACCCGUAUGCUUUGUAUUUUUGCCAUGCUGCGGCGAAAACCACAGCCUUGAUGGUGAAGCUGGAAGGUGAGGAUGGAAGCAAGAUUGAUGCUGCAGCAGUUUGUCACUUGGACACCUCUGAUUGGGUCUCCAACCAUGUUUCUUUUAAAGUGCUCGGCAUCAAGCCAGGUACUGAACCUGUCUGCCAUUUUAUUCCGGAGAAUAACUUUCUUUUCAUUACGAAUUCUCUUGAGGCGGCCAUGUGAUCUGAUCCAGAUUCAUGUUGGGUGGUAUGAAUGGCACUGUGUUUGCAUGUAGUUGUCCUUGUGUUUGUAAAAAAGGCAUUCCCUUGUUCGAAAUAAGGUGAUUUUCAA